AUGGCGGCCAUCGAUGAUCUUUGCAAGUGCUACACCACCAGAUAUUUCCUUCUGGAAAAUAAUACUUUCUCUUCAGAGCACCCUGAUUCUUUUCACACACUGGAGGCCCUGGACGCCGGCGGUAACCAUCUCCUUUGCUCCUGUGAAUUCCUGUCGUUCACUCAGGAGCAGCGAGCGCUGGUCCAGAUCCUGAUCGACUGGCCAGAGAACUACCGGUGUGACUCUCCGUUCUCCGUGCGCGGCCGGCGGGUUCGGGACGCGCAUCUCCCGGCCUCUGAAUGCCACCGGGCAGCUCUGGUGUCUGCCGUGGGCUCUGUCCUCCUCCUGCUGCUUCUGCUCACGGGGGUCCUGUGCCACCGCUGCCACGGGCUGUGGUACCUGAAGAUGAUGUGGGCCUGGCUCCAGGCCAAAAGGAAGCCCAGGAAAGCGCCCCCCAGGGACCUCUGCUACGAUGCCUUUGUGUCUUACAGUGAGCACGAUGCCUACUGGGUGGAGACCGUGAUGGUCCAGGAGCUGGAGCACUUCGACCCUCCCUUCAGGCUGUGUCUUCAUGAGCGGGACUUCAUCCCUGGCAAAUGGAUCAUUGACAAUAUCAUCGACUCCAUCGAGAAGAGCCACAAGACCAUCUUCGUGCUGUCUGAAAACUUCGUGAAGAGCGAGUGGUGCAAGUAUGAGCUGGACUUCUCCCAUUUUCGCCUUUUUUUUUUUUCUUAA